GAAUGGCAUUAGGAAGGUUGUGAAAGGAAGAACCUGUUAUAACACAUUGUAUGGAUGGAAGAGUGAGAGUGUAUGAAGAUAGGUAUAGUAUGCGAUUUCUUGUGAUCGCGGAGGAGAGACGGUUCUUAGUUUCAGACUAUACUAAAUUCUGCGUUCUUGAAGAACGUAGACGUAACUGGAAAUAUAUUCAGUCAUUACACAAACGCGAGUGCAUCCUUCGAUUCUUCGGCCUCUUUUAAUCAAUUAAAAUAUCAAAUUUAGUGAACAAAUAACAAAUUAUUCCUAAAGCUAUGACUGAAAAUUGGAGAACAAUUUUUGUAACUGGAGGUGCUGGUUAUAUUGGUAGUCAUUGUAUUGUAGAACUUUUAGAAUGUGGAUAUGAUGUAGUAGCAAUAGACAAUUUUGCGAAUAGCGUUGUAGAAGGUAAAGGGGAAUCUGCAGCUCUUAGAAGAGUUGAAAAAAUAACUGGAAAGAAAGUUAUAUUUUAUAAUUGUGAUCUAAUUAAUAAAAACAAUCUUGAAGAAGUAUUUAAUAAGCAUAAAAUAGAUUGUGUCAUUCAUUUUGCGGCUAUAAAAGCAGUGGGAGAAUCUAUGCAAGUUCCACUUCAUUAUUAUAAGAAUAAUAUUAUUGGUGCCAUUAAUUUACUAGAAGUAAUGAAAGCUGCUGGUUGUUUUCAAUUAGUUUUUAGUAGUUCUUGUACAGUAUAUGGAGAACCAAAUGAAUUACCAAUAACUGAAGAACAUCCUGCAGGAAAUAUAACUAAUGUAUAUGGUCGUACUAAGUAUUUUAUCGAAGAGAUGCUCAAAGAUAUAUCAAGAGCUGAAAAGAGUUGGAAUAUAAUCUCUUUAAGAUACUUCAACCCAGUAGGUGCUCAUCCUAGUGGAUUAAUAGGAGAAGAUCCAACAAAACCAUUUACAAAUUUAAUGCCAUAUAUCGCACAAGUUGCAUUAAGUCAUAAACCUGAACUCAUUAUCUUUGGUGGUGAUUAUCCUACAAAGGAUGGAACAGGAAUUCGAGAUUAUAUUCAUGUCAUGGAUUUGGCAUCUGGUCAUGUAGCUGCUUUAAAUGCUUUACAUAAACAGCAUGUCAAACUAAAAAUUUACAAUUUAGGUACUGGACAAGGAGUAUCUGUUCUUGAAUUAAUAAAAACGUUUGAAAAAGUGACAGGUGCAACUGUUCCAUAUGUUAUAAAAGAUAGGAGAGAAGGCGAUAUCGUCUCGAUGUUUGCUAAUACAGAUUUAGCAGAGAAGGAACUUGGAUGGAAAGCUAAAUACAAUGUUGAACGAAUGUGUGAAGAUUUUUGGAGGUGGCAAACAAUGAAUCCGUAUGGAUAUCGUGCGCCAAUAAAAAAUGGCAUUCAUAAUCAUGUAAAUAAUACUACAUAAACAUAUGACUUAUAUGCGGCUAUUCUUUACCUUACGCCGUAGGAUAUGUGACUUCAAUGACAGGUAUAGAUAAGAAAUUAAUUAAAAGCGCAAUAGGGAAAUACUGUCCUCCACUAUUUCACUAUUGUAUUGUGUAUAAGCUUGUUAGGUUAUACCUCUCUUAUGAGUAACCUAACAAUCGAAUUAGUGUAUAAUAAAAAUUUUUGUAUGUAUUAAAAAUAGUAAUACAUCUGACAAAAACAAGAAAAACCAUAUGCCAGAUUAUACUUCUCUGAAUAUAAAAUAAUUGAAAAGUGUUAAUUGUACAAACUUUAUAUUGUUUGUUUCUAAUUAAACUCAUAUAAAUAAUUAAUAACUUAUAUAAGUAGUCAUUAGUUUUAUAUAAGUAUCAUUAUCUCCGUUGAAAUAUAUAACAAAUAAAAUAUAACGUAUGUAUAAAAGAUAAUAGCAACGAUAGUAGAAAGAGAAUUACUUAUGUAUAUUUGGAAUUCUAAAAUGUGUGAACAUAAUGACAGAUGUAACUAAGAAUAGAAAAUAUGAUAUUUAAUUUGAAAGACGUAAAUAAAAAUAAAUAAAAAUAAAUGAAAAUCAAUAAGAAUAAGUAAAAAUAAAUGACAAUAAAUAAGAAUAAUAAAAAAAAUUAUAACUUUUUAAUGCAUUUCUCUACAAAAUUAUUUAAAAAUAUUAUUUAAUCUACAAUAAUCAUCUACUGAAGUAUGAUUAGCAAUGCAAAAUAUAAGUACUUUUAUGUUUAGUUAGAAUUAGAGAGAUAAGAUUUUUUAAACUUAUUGAAAUAUGCAGCCAUUCGUUCGAUAGUACUUGCGUUGUAUAAUCUAUAUUUAAGUUUCGAUAUAUCGCAAGUAAUAUCGAUCCAGAUCUCACCACGAGGAGGUUGCUGCAUGUGAAGAUCCAUGGGCUUUAACGGUGACUACUCUUUUAUACUAUUAUUACUAUUGCUAUUAUAUAAAUAGCAAAGUAAAGCAACGGGAUGAAUGUUGCUAUACGAGAAUUCAGAUUUAAAACGCUAAAAUUGUAGACCUAAGCGUUACCAUAUAUUCGGGAACCAAUUUGCGCAUAGCUCGACUGUUACAACAUUGCAAGUUUCAAUCAUCAUUAUUGAGCAUGACCAGUCGUUUAUGACAAGUUACAAGUCCAAUUUUAUCCAAAAUUAGACUGUGUAGUAUUAUUUAAAUAUUAUUUAUUUAAUUCUGCGUACUUUUAUAUUGUUUAAAUAAGUAUAAAAUUAGCGAAAAUAUUAAGUUUUAAGUUUUCACGUUUAGAAAGAGAGAGCUUCGAUGUUUACUCGUCGGAAUGCAAAAGACUCCGAAUGCGAAAUUUAACUGUAUUGAAAUAUGAAAUUACAAUUAUUUUACAUUUAAACCGUUUUUCGAGCUAUGUAAUGUAUAAGAGAACGUACUAUAAUAUUAUAAAGCUUUUACAUAAAUUUGAAAAAGCCAUGUUUAGCCAUAUUUAAAAUGAGAUCUUAUUCAUCAGAAUCGGCUUAGAAAGACGCCUAAAUCGUUAGCGAAAACCGUUAUAAAAUCAAGGAUGAUGAAUAGCCAUAAUUCAGAAAUAAAUAAUUUAUAUAUAAUAAAAGUUUAUAUCACAUUUGUUUAAUUGCAUAAAUAGCUAGUAGUUACAAUAAUAAUUACAGUUAAUACAUUUUGUUAUAACUGUCAACUACUUCAGUCUACACUUUCUGUGGCAUCUUUAUUAUUUUUAACAUGUUCUAAAAUUGUAUAUAGAGACAGAUCUUGAAAUUUUAAUACUUCUAAUCCCCAACUUGUCCAUCCGGGCAAUAAAUAUCUAGCAAACAGUUCUAAACACUUUGGUUCGCUAGGCAAAUAUUCUUUUAUAACUUCUAAAAUAUUAGCACAAUAUAAAUUAUUUUAUAAAAAAUUUAUAUUUUAAAUAUAUCAUAGUACUCACCUAUAAGAGGUGGUUUAUGUGAAUGUACAGCACUUGGUACACUGAUAAUUAAUUUACUAUCAGGAAUAUUAACAUUAACAUCAGAUGCACAUCCUAAUAUUAUUAACUCAUAAGGCUGCUUUCCAGGUGUAGAAGUAAAAUUACAAAUUGUAUUACCCAUUUGAGUUACCUGGAAUUUUUUGAAGUUCUAAUAUUUUCUUGCUUAUUGAAAUAUUAGAUAAAUAUGUUUAGUUUCAUAUUGUGAAACUAGCAUUAAACUUACUUUGACCCAAUACCAUUUUGCUUUGUAUGUAACUCCCCAUGAAGGAAAUAUUUCAUUAAAAAUACUAUGUAAAUGACUUGGCGCGUUAGUACACCAAAUUGCUACAAUACCGCUUGAACAUAAUAAUUUUCCAACUGGUAUCUUGACUAAUUCUUCAUUGUACAUCAUUUGGUAGCUGUUAUAAAGACGUUAAAUAAAAUUUUGGCAAGUUAUAAAAUAUUAUAAAGGAUGUUAAAUUAUUGCUAUAAUAAAAAAACAUUUAUACAAUAUACGAAUAGUACACGAUCAAUGCUCAACAGUGAUUUUUACGAUGAAUAGUUGCAUCUAAAAUCUUAUUUACCGAUCUGUUCAUAAAACUGAGAACAGGAUAAAUAUAUAUACUAGUAUAUAAAUUGCUUGUUCUCAUUAAAAGUGCUGAGAUAUUUCUUUUUUUUACUGGUUUAUACUGAACCAUACAAGAUCACCUAGCUUCUACAGAUUUGCUCUUUUUUCUUCUUAUGGACUUGUUCCACCAUGGAGGAUCCAAUAGUACAAAAUCAUACUGAUUGUUCAGCUCCAUCUUCUGCAUCAUGUUUCUUACAUCAUAACAAUAAAAGCUACACUUUUUUGGAAAUACAUAUUUCUUAUACUGUGCCUCCCAUAUAAUGGCUACAUCAGAAUUAUUAUAACCGUGUAAGUUUUCUAAUCUUUGAUGAAAAGUGUCAGAGUAAACUUUCUCUGAUGUCGAACGUGCUGCUUCAUUAUUAUCAAUUAGAAUAUUAUCACAGAAUAAUCCAUUUAAUUUGGCAGAGGAUAUCAAUUUGUUGAAUGCUUGCUGGAUAAAACUUAUCUAUAAAAAAAACAUAUCUCCUUUAAUUAAAAGAUAAUAAAUAGCAAUCAUCUCUUACAAAUAAUGUUUUUUCUUAUAUUAAAAUAAUUUUAAUCUACUUCGUCUAAAUGGUCCUGCGGAAGAAGUUUAUUUCGUUUUCGUUUCCUAGUUUUAUUUGGUAAAGGAUUUGUUUCAUCUUGCAUAGAACGAGCUAUCUGAUUUUGUCUCAAAUAUUGCGAAUUAAUUUCAAAUAACAUAUUAUUAAAUGUCAGAGAAUGUAAUCCAGUUUUUGUGGUAACACUUUUAUAAACAUUAUUAAGAUAUUCUAAAUGGGAAAUAAUCCAACCAUCCGUACUAGAAAAAACUAUGCUCAUAAUUAAUUCUUCAGUGAACACAAAUAUAUCUUUUACAACUUAAUUGUACACAUUUUUGUAACUUUUAAUAUAUUAAAACUGUUUUUAUAAAAUUGCAACUAAUAAUACAAUUUUAUGAAUAAGAGAGAGCAACCACAGUUGUACUAAUUCGUACAAACAGAAAUUUUAGUCUAUUUUAGUUACGCCCCACCCUUUUACUAGUAGCGUUGUAAACCUAUAAUUUUUUUAUAUUUUACGUAUGUACAUUUUACAUCUAUCAGAUGUCGCCACAUUUGUAAACCG